AUGUAUGAUUAUUUUAUAGAUGAAAUAAACAAAGCCGGAGAUCAAAGUAUACCUUUUAAAAAAAUAUGCACUAAUCCUAGUCAGGUAUUUCAACCAAAAACAUAUUGGGAUUCUUCAUUGUCUCGAGCUAUAGCAGAACGACGUUUGGCUUUAAAAAAAUUUCGACGUAAUCCUAUCCCUAACAAUUUUGAUAAACUUACAUCAAAAAUAGCAAAUGCUCAACGAUUAACUCGACGUGCUAGAACUAAUGAUUGGCAAGGUUUUUGUACACAAAUCGAUGAAGUUACGGACAUUCCUACUAUGUGGAACAAAAUGUGUUGGAUGAAAGGAGUAAAACCGAAGUAUUCUCAAAUAACUGAAAGUAUGAAAAAAGACCUUUUACAUUCUCUGACUCCAGAUUAUGCAGAAUACCCGCAACCCACACUUCAUUCGGACAAUGAAGCAUUGCAGCAGGAUUUUUCAUUAGAAGAAUUACAAAAUUGUCUCAAGAAAAAGGAUACUGCUCCAGGGGAUGAUAAUAUUACUUACAGUAUGAUAUACAACUUACCCAAUGAAGAGUGGCAACCACGCGAUGGAAAAAGGAAAAGAGGAAGACAGGCAAAGAGAUGGAUAGAUGACUUAAGAAAUUUGAAGGCGAAACCUGGCCUAGAAAAGAAA